GUAAAAGUCCAUACGUAACAAACAAAAAGGAACGGAGGGAGUAAUUGUCCAACUGUAUUUUCUCAUUCAACCGUCAACCAGCUAAAAUUUGGUCAAAAUAUUAACCGUUACUUACAGUUUGGAAUUCCCUUUCUUAGCUUCCCCUGAAGAGGUGAUACAAACUGCUGCGUUCUGAUACCUCGUGAGAGAAAGAGAGUGAGAGAGAGAGUUAUCGUGGGAGCUUCAGAAAUCAGAAACAGGUGAGGUUAUAUUGAGGUGAGGUUAUAUUGAUUGCAAUGCAUACGGGAUUAUUAGCUGAGUAGGCUUUUGUGUACUUUGAUAUUGAAGUUCUAGGUGUUUUGAGCUUGCACACCAACUGUUCGACAAAAUGCCCAACUGAAACUCAGCUCCAGACUAUGAUAAUAACUACUGAUUCGUAAAAUCUGAAGUUUAAUUGAUUGUGCAAAAAAGGUGUGAGAUUUCCAGUGAACAAGAAAUGGCUCUAAUGAGCCAUAAUCUUCCUUCUUUCACAUUCCUAAAUUUCAACCAUAAUUCUAUUCUCUCUCCAAACCCUUCCUUUAAUUUUGGCGGGACUCAAAGAUUUAAACUUUUUUCUCUCUCGUCAACAUCCCCAUCUUCUUCUAAUAACCCAUCUUCUUCCUCUGUUUCUACACCCCCCAUUUUCCUCCCUUACCUUGAAGAAGAAGAAGCCGAAGAAGAGGUAGAACAGGAGCAAAAUGAGAAGUACCCAGAUGAUCCAAUUUACAGAUUCUUCAAAUCCCGCAAUUCAACUCAAGACCCACCUCGGGAGUCCAAGUUAUCCCUCCAGAGAAACCGUCGAACUGCCUGGCAUUUGGCUGACGGCACUGAAGAAAACGAGCCUGAAUUCGAAUUUGAACUCAAAAGGGAAAAGGUUGAGGAGAAUAGUGAAGUUGGUUAUGAUCAGAGGUCUGUGAUCGAGGGUAUUGUGGGGGAAAUCAUGGGGAUUGCGAGGAGUUUACCAGAAAAUUCAACAUUGGGUGAGCAGUUGAGCGGAUAUGAAGGGAGAGUGGGAGAGCCAGAGUGUGUGGAGGUGUUGGAGUUGAUGAUUCAGGAAAGUAUGAUGAUGAGUUGCUUGUAUUUUUAUGAGUGGAUGGGGUUGCAGGAACCCUCUAUGGUUACUCCUAGAGCUUGUUCUGUGCUAUUUCCGGCAUUGGGGAGGGCUAGAAUGGGUGGUAAGCUGAUGAUUUUGUGGAGGAAUUUGCCGGAUACCAGGGAUUUUAGGGAUGUUCAUGUUUAUAAUGCUGCAUUGUCUGGGCUACUAACCAGUGGAAGGUAUCAAGACGCUUGGAAAGUGUACGAGGAAAUGGAGAUGAAUAAUAUCCUUCCAGAUCGUGUGACAGGUUCUACUAUGAUUACUCUCAUGAGAAAGGAAGGCAGAAAAGCCAAAGAUGCAUGGGAUUUUUUUGAAAGAAUGAACAGAAAAGGAGUUAACUGGAGUUUGGAGGUUGUAGGAGCUCUGAUCAAAUCACUAUGUGACGAAGGACUGCAGAAUCAAGCUCUGAUCAUUCAAGGAGAAAUGGAGAAAAAAGGGAUAUCCUCUAAUACCAUAGUAUAUAAUACUCUUAUGGACGCUUAUUGUAGAUCCAACAAACUCGAAGAAGCGGAAGCUCUCUUUGUUGAGAUGAAGACUAAAGGCAUUUCACCUUCCACUGCUACAUACAAUAUUUUUAUGGAUGCUUACAGCAAAAGGAUGCAACCUGAGAUAGUUGAGAAGCUUCUUCAGGAAAUGCAAACUACUGGACUUGAACCAGAUGUCAAAUCAUACACAAACCUGAUAAGUGCAUAUGGUAGACAGAAGAAGAUGAGUGAUUUGGCGGCAGAUGCAUUCUUGAGAAUGAAAAAAGCUGGUAUUAAUCCAACUUCUCAUUCAUAUACUGCCUUAAUUCAUGCAUAUUCAAUUAGUGGUUGGCAUGAGAAAGCUUAUAAAGCGUUUGAGAAUAUGCAGAGGGAAGGAAUUAAACCCUCCAUAGAAACAUAUACUGCUCUUCUUGAUGCAUUUAGGCGAGCUGGGGAUGCACAAACACUCAAGGAAAUAUGGAAAUUCAUGAUUCAGGAGAAAAUUGAAGGGACUCGAGUAACCUUCAACAUUCUUCUUGAUGGAUUUGCAAAACAGGGUCACUAUGUGGAAGCAAGAGAUGUUAUUUGUGAAUUUGGGAAGAUUGGUUUUCAGCCAACGGUAAUAACAUAUAAUAUGCUUAUAAAUGCGUAUGCACGAGGAGGACAAGACUUGAAGUUACCACAGUUGUUGAAGGAGAUGAUUGCUUUAGAUUUGAAACCUGAUUCUGUUACAUAUGCUACAAUGAUUUAUGCUUUUGUUCGUGUUCGUGAUUUCAAAAGGGCUUUCUAUUACCACAAGCAAAUGGUGAAACAUGGACAAAUCCCAGAUCCUGAAUCUUAUCGGAAGCUCAGAGCAAUUUUGAAUGUUAAAGCGGCUAUAAAGAACAAGAAGGAUAAAAGUGCCAUACUUGGUAUAGUUAACAGCAAAACAGGUAUGGUGAAAGACAAAAGGAAAGGUAAAAAAGAUGAAUUCUGGAAGAACAAGAAGAAAAAUGUGAGAUUUAACAACCCUGAUCAUGUUAACCUUAGCCCUUAGGUAAUGAAGUUGUUGUCAACUGGAAACUAUGUUUUUCUGCUAUAACCUUUGGGAUAAGGUAUUUUCUAGUUGACUCUUUGUUUACAAAUUCAGGGCAGAACUGCGUUUCUGGUUAGCGUUUUCAGACUUGCGUUCUUGAAAGGUUUAAGAGCUAAUAGCGAACAAUUUGCACAGAGUUGAGGACAAUGUCUAGAUCAACUCGGCUCUCUGCUAUGUUCAUGUAUAUUGUUCCAUGUUUUUCUGUUGUAAUGUAUAGAAUUUUAUAGAAGAACAGCCGUGUUAUUCUGUUAGCCGAAGCAUGUUUUGUACGUCAUUUCUCA